AAGUCAUAUUUCACAAAUGCAAUAUCACUUCAUGGCAAAAUACAGUAUAUCACAUUACAUAAUUGAUGAAACAGGUAGGCAGUUCUAAUCUGCCAGACAUCACGAUUGGUUUUAAUUUAAUUAAUUUAUCUGCUAUAGGUUAUUUAAAACCAUUUAAGUCAACAUGAAAUCACUCGUUUCAACCCCAUUUAUUUUCUUAAUGCAUUCUUGGUCUUAUUGUGCAUAAUUUAGUGCACAUUAAUUAAAAGUAAAGUAAAAAAAAAAAUCUUAAUCUCUGGUAUUUGAGGAAGAACGCUAUCUGUCAUUCUUGCUUAUGGGAACCACAGACAUUUUUGAGCCAGUUUAGUUAGAAAACAUUGCUACUUUUAGUUUCACACUAAACAGCCAAAUUUUAACCUCUUGAAACUGUCAGCAAACUCUGGCAUAAAACUCCUAUAUUUCAUAAUCCAAUCAAUGCCAAAAGUAUUUUUCAAAGUUUAUUGACUUAUUCAAAAAAUAUUGGAGUAGGUUUAACAAGAAAAUACUAUUUCAGUCUUUCCACUUCUAAAUUUUAUGUUUUAUUCAGUGUAUUAUUUGCCAUUUCUUUGUAAUUUUCAGUGAAAUUUACUAACAAUUUCUGAGUGAAAAUCGUAAGUAAAUCCUUUUUCAGUGUACAGGGUUAUGAAUGUCAUUUCAUGUUUACCUUUACAGAUGCAAUGUAGGUAAAGCGGCAAAAUGCAUGCAUAGCAAGGACAAAACAAUCUUCUGCAGCUGCAGCACAAGGGCAUCUGUGUUUGUAAUGCAGCGGGGGACUUUUUUCAAAGAGACAACAUCUGAUAACAUCUGCAGAGCCAGAGGCUCCCUCUUAUGAUUGAGUAGGGAGAGAGAGAUCAAGAAAGAAGAAAGGAAAGAUACACAGGAUGCAACACUGGGUGCUGAGAAACACAAGUGAACUAAAAGGACAAGUGAAGAGUUCAUAACCAAAGCUCCAGAUAACAAGUUCCACUGAUCGAUAGGAUAUUGUGAGGGUGGUACCAACCCAAAACAACCAGUAACCUACAAACUAGUUAUGCACCAUAUAUGCCACAUAAAGAGAAAGGGGCCGACAGACCAUCCAUCAUCCACUGAAGAGGAGGAGGAGGAGGAAACAGAAGAAAGACAAUUAAAUUAAGAAAGGGUGGAGGGUUGAAAAGAAAGAAAAGAGACGAAAAUAUAGAAUACAGACAGAGAAGAGGAAGAUCAAAUCUACAUUCGGACAAUAAAAGAUGGCUUAUUUGUUGGGGAAUGGGCUGCUUGUCCACAUUCACCUGCUCUUCUUGCUGUUGGCCACCGGGUCUCAUGUGCAACCUGUCCAUGGAGGUUUGAGGGCAGAGGGACUGGUUGAAGGCACCACAGAAGUGAUCAGUCACUCACAGGGGCUGGUGGCACGGCUGGAGGGCCUUCUGGUGCUGGGAAAUAACAGUGAUAUUUCCCUACGUGUGGAAACAGUGGAUGCGGAUGAGGUCAAGGUUAUCCAAGCCCACACGCUAGUGCUUUCACUGCAGAGCCGAGUGUUUGAGGAGAUGCUGAGAAACCGCAAUAGUAGCAUGCUAGUGCUGCGAGAAACAGCAGAAUGCACUGCCGUGUUCGAGAAAUUCAUCAGAUAUCUGUAUUGCGGUGAACUCACAUUGCAGUUAUACCAAGCCACACCACUGCACAGACUAGCUACAAAGUACGGCAUCUCCAGCCUCCAGCAAGGACUAACCCAGUACAUGAGCAAGAACCUGGCCUGUGAUUCUGUGGGCGGUUACGUAGUGGGCUGGUACCAGUAUGCCUUUUCGGUUGGUGACAUGACGCUGAGAGACAACUGCCUUCAGUUUUUAUCGUGGAAUCUGUCAUCGGUGCUGCAGAGUGCAGAAUGGCCGUCGGUUAGUGUUGACUUGCUAAUGACCCUCCUGCAGCGCUCCGAUUUAGUAUUGCAGAACGAGCUGGAAUUGUUUGAGGCGCUUGAAAUCUGGCUCACCCGGAACGACCCAGACACCCUGACAGCAGAGAACGCCCUUCGACUGGUGCGCUACGCCAUGAUCCCUCCACGCGAACUGUUUCGCUUGCAACGACAGUCGGCGAUCAUGACGCGCUACCACGACUCGGUGCGCGAUCUUCUCUACAUGUCGUACCAGUUCCAUUCAGCUUCACCGCUUCAGCUGGCCAAGUUCUUCGAUGUGAACUGCAGCCUCUUUGUGCCCCGCAACUAUCUCUCAUCCAUGUGGGGAUCUCAGUGGGUCAUAAGCAACCCGGCACGGGACGAUCGCAGCACUAGUUUCCAGACCCAGUUGGGUCCGAGUGGUUUUGACUCCAGUAAGCGGGUGACAUGGAACGCCCUGUUCUCGCCCCGCUGGCUCCCUCUCAGCAUGCGGCCCAUGUACACCGAGCAAGGUGCCAUGCAGCCACCGCGGCCCGAUGGAGGAAGCGCCAUCGCCCGGCCUCGUGUCAUCAUCACACCUGCUACUUCCAGUGCAGAUUUUGCAGGUGUCAGCUUCCAAAAGACUGUGCUCAUCUUGACAAAGCAGAAGAACAAGCUUGUGGUGCGGCAUAUCUUCGGUUUCCACCAAAGCACAGAGGAGGUGGGGGAUUUCCUGCUUGGCGAGGACCUGCAAUAUCGCACGUCUGAGUACCUGGUGGAUGGAUCGCUGUACUUGCACAUCAUUGUAAAGCCUAUCUACCAGACUCUUAUAGCAACCAAGAAAUAAUGUAACAAGUACACUAAAGUAGAAUACAUUUUAGAUUUUAGAAGGUCUAAAGUUUUAUUGAUGCAUGGAAAAAAAUGUUUAGGUCUAAUGUGAUUAACACUAAUAAAGUGCAUCUCCACUGGAAAAGAAGUGUUGAAAAACGAAAUGCGAUAAUCCACAUGUACAAAAUUUAAGGGAAAUUUCACACAGAAAUUAAAAUUCUGUCAUCAUUUACUCACCCUUG